AUGUACAAUUCAGUAUGUGUAAUUGAUCUUUUAGUUGAAAACGUACCGAAGCCGUCUCCACCCAAACCAUCUCCAGUUGUACCGAAACCAAUACCAGCACCACCGACACCAGUAAUUCCCAAUAUUCCAGUCGAUGCCCGAUGGAAACAGAAUGGAGUGACCGUUGCUGGAGGCCAUGGAGGGGGUAGUGGCACCAAUCAACUCAACUUGCCUUGUGGUCUCGUCGUUGAUGACGAUCAAACGAUAGUCAUUGCUGACGGCGGCAAUCAUCGUAUCAUCCAAUGGAAGAUGAGCGAUACGAAUGGACAAGUGGUAGCUGGUGGCAAUGGCCAAGGAAAUCGAUUGGAUCAAUUGAAUGAACCAAGCGAUGUAUUGAUUGACAAAGAGACGGAUAGUCUCAUUAUUUGCAAUACUGGACGAGUCGUACGAUGGUCUCGCCGGAGUGGGACAACUCAAGGAGACAUUCUCAUCAACAACAUCGAUUGUUUUGGAUUGGCCAUGGAUGAUCAGGGAUAUCUCUACAUCUCUGACGUCGACAAACAUGAAGUAAGACGAUAUCAAAUAGGAGACAAGAAUGGAACUAUCGUGGUUGGUGGCAAUGGCAAAGGUGCUGGUCUCAAUCAACUCAACUGGCCGGCCUACCUCUUUGUCGAUCAACAACAGACUGUCUACGUGUCAGACUACUACAAUCAUCGUGUAAUGAAAUGGAAUAAAGGUGCAAAAGAAGGAAUUGUCGUCGCUGGAGGUCAAGGUCAAGGGAAUGCUCUGACACAAUUGUGGUACCCUCAAGGACUAUUCGUCGAUACAUUGGGUACCAUCUAUGUGGCAGACUCGUGGAAUUAUCGAGUGAUGCGUUGGCCUAAAGGAGCGAAACAGGGCACUGUCAUUGUGGGUAAAAAUGUCCAGUUGAGUGGUCCUAUCGGUUUGUCCUUCGAUCGACAUGGCAAUCUCUAUGUCGUCGAUUAUUGGAAUAAUCGUAUUCAACGCUUUUCAAUUGAAUAG